AGGUCCCAUGGUUUACAGCUUUGUUUCUGACACAAUUUUCCCAUCUCUCGUCAUCAAGCUGCACAUGCAGGGAAGGAGAUCUGGAUCAAGGAUUCCAGAAGCUCUUUAUGAUCAAUCUGGGAAGCAACGUCAGUCGCUGGAAAUCGUUUCACCAAGGCAGAAAUGGCACACACAUGAUUCACGUCAUUUUCUUAUUUUUCAAUUUAAAUAUGCGAGACACACGAUACUUAACGCUCAAGUUUUGGUACUCCGAGUCUCCGCCCCAUACAUGCUGUUGAAGUUGAAGUCUCUGCUCGAAGGCCAUCCUCAGUUUGGUAUUUCCCGAGAUACUCACAUUUUCCGGUCCAGGAGCUCAAGGAGUCCAGAAAUGGCACCUCCGAUACUUUCCUUGGCUUUGCCCUCCGAGACCGGUCGAGUUCUCAGUAUUCAAUCUCACACAGUUCAGGGAUAUGUUGGAAAUAAAUCAGCUGUCUUCCCUCUCCAACUAUUAGGCUAUGAUGUGGAUCCAAUUAAUUCAGUGCAAUUCUCAAACCACACAGGAUACCCAACUUUUAGGGGCCAAGUUUUGAAUGGACAACAGCUAUGCGACUUGAUAGAAGGCCUUGAAGCAAAUGAUUUAUUGUACUACACUCAUUUAUUAACAGGUUAUAUUGGUUCGGUUUCUUUUUUGAACACUGUGUUGGAAGUUGUUAAUAAGCUUCGUUCCAUAAACCCAGAACUUACAUAUGUAUGUGAUCCAGUGAUGGGUGAUGAAGGAAAGCUCUAUGUCCCUCUAGAGCUAGUAUCAGUAUAUCGCGAAAAGGUUGUCCCAGUGGCUUCAAUGUUGACACCCAACCAGUUUGAAGCAGAACAGUUGACUGGUUUCAGGAUUGGCUCUGAAAGAGAUGGCCGGGAAGCUUGUAACAUCCUUCAUGCUGCCGGGCCAUCAAAGGUUGUGAUUACAAGCAUAAAUAUAGAAGGCAAUCUUCUUCUUAUUGGCAGUCAUCAGAAGGAAAAGGAUCAAUCUCCUGAGCAAUUUAAGAUCAUUAUUCCCAAAAUUCCUGCAUAUUUUACGGGAACAGGAGAUCUUACGACUGCUCUUCUACUUGGUUGGAGCAAUAAAUAUCCUGACAACCUUGACAAGGCGGCAGAGCUUGCAGUAUCAAGUUUGCAGCUGGACCUUUAAUGAGCCAUGGAGAGAAUGGAGGCAAUGAGGAAAAGCUAGGGAAGAGAGAACUUCUCUCUAGCAUUUAGUUUAACUUGGCUAUUGAAUUUUCUAUUUGUGACGACUGUGGCCAUAUAUUACUUCAUAUCUAACCAACUUGAGUUGACAUCACUCAAGCACAGAGCAUUUUGGGUUGACUUCAAACCAGUGUUACAGCAGUACCAGGAUCAGAAUACCGAGUUUUAUACUCAACUAAGCCGCCUUUGGCUUGACAUUGGAUGCCAUGCUACUAUUGUUGAGGGUAGCCCUUGGUUGGUUGCUGGGGAUUUGAACGCUAUCAGAAAUCAGAAUGAAGCAAAAUAUCAUCUAAUAUUCUCCAUGCUGGGGAUUUGACCUGUUUGACCAUCAAAAUCAAUUUUAAAAUCAAUCUUGGAUGCAUCAACUUGUUCUUUCAAGGAA